GGACAGCAUGGCGGACAUGCAUGUGGAGCCUCACAACAAAUCGCCUCGACUGUCCAGCUAACGCGAGCGACCCCCGGACGGAGCGCGACGAGGCCGGAGCCGGCGGUGGCCGAAGCGACAGCAGCAUGGAGGAGGACAACAAACUCCAGUUCCCGUCUCUCCCCGCAACCAAGGAGGAGCUGCUGGACUGGGCUUAUCCAAUGAGACGCGAGAUGCAGGAGAUAUUACCUGGGCUGUUUUUAGGUCCCUACUCUGCUGCAAUGAAAAGCAAGCUGCCAAGUCUCGAGAGACAGGGCAUAACGCAUGUUGUGUGUGUCCGCCAAGACAUAGAAGCCAAUUUUAUCAAACCUAAUUUCCCUCAUACAUUUAGAUACCUUGUAUUAGAUAUUGCCGACAAUCCAGUGGAAAAUAUAAUCCGAUUUUUCCCAACGACUAAGGAAUUUAUCGAUAGCUGCUUAGCAACAGGAGGAAAGGUACUGGUUCAUGGUAAUGCAGGGAUAUCAAGAAGUGCCGCCUUAGUGAUUGCAUACCUUAUGGAAACCUUUGGGAUGAAAUACAGGGAUGCAUUCAGCCACGUCCAGGAGAGGAGGUUCUGCAUCAACCCCAAUGUGGGCUUUGUGCAUCAGCUACAGGAGUAUGAAGCGAUCUACUCAGCCAAAUUGACCAUUAAGAUGAUGUCACCGAUGCAGUUGGGCAGGUCCUUCUCUUUGCAAGCUGGGAUGCCAGGAAGCCGUAAGCGCAGCCUGGAGGAAGACGAGGACUUUGGAGCAAUGCAGGUCACAGCAGCACAGAACGGAUGAGCUUUGCUUACAUUUAGCCGUGUGGCCGCAGUGCACUCGUUUCUUUUUUUUUUUUUACAUUUUUAAUGGGAUUAAAAAUGUAAAUAUUUGAACUUUUUCUAAUGGGAA